AUGAGUAAUAUCGAGAAGAUUCCAAAAGUGAAACAGUUGAUAUUCCAAAAGAAUCUAGUAUCACUGGCGAACCAUGAAUCCAACGUCUUGGCCUACUAUCCGGAAUACCAAACACGUUCAAUCUUGUUAGAUGGCGAAAUUCAACAACUGUGCAUCAGCUGCUUCCACAGAAUUCAUCUCGAUCGAUCGUUUAUCGAUUGGGCGUACGGGCUGCUGGAGCAGUCCGUCCAGGCGCGCUUUAAGGCUUUCGGAUUCAGAUGGAGUAAAGUUGAAACGCGCUAUGAACUGAGCAAAAAGCGUGGUCGCUAUCUGGUGGUAACGGAUCAGCGCUCUGUUCCGCUGGGCUUUGCAUUGUAUAACUUCGAAGUGGAGAGCGGCCAGCCGGUGCUCAACUGCAAUUGGAUCGUGCUUGAGGAACGAAUCCGUGGACAAGGAUUAGGUGGCCAUCUCAUCACGACGAUGGAGACAAUCGCCAGACACAGUCAAAUGGAGGCGAUCAUGAUCGCACUGCCCCGGCAGGAUACGUUGACCAUGAAUCUCUUCAUUGAUCUCAACUUCCAGCUCGACAAGAGAACAGUUCCCGGUGCUGCGUAUGUGGUUCUCAGCAAACCGACCGGACCGGAAGUGACAAAACAGGAUGAGUACGAAACAGCGAAACUGACCAAUAAUCCAGCUUAA